CUGCUCCGGCACCUUACACCCGAGGAAGGGCGAAAGUAGCUCCGCAGGAGAGCGGAGUUGGGGCCAGCCCAGCACCAGCGGGACGGGACAUCCCGUCCCAUUCCUGUCCAGACGAAGGACGCAGACACCGAGCGAGGAAGGAGGAGAGGAGCGGCGGGAAGCGUGGCCGGUCAAAGCAAUCUGGCACAUUUUCAUCCAGGAGUGUAAACCAAGACAGAACUUCCAAGACCUGGACAUCUUCUUGGAUUUUUAUUCUGAGUUCUUGUGCACAAGAUGUCAGGAAACACAACAGAAAGCUCAACUACCCCUCACCCAGCUCUAGGUGUGCUACUGGGAAGCAUUUCACUGACCACUAUUGUCAUGAACAUCUUAGUACUGUAUGCUGUGAAAACUGAAAAGAAACUGCAAACAGUUGGCAAUUUGUACAUUGUCAGCCUCUCUGUUGCAGAUCUUAUUGUUGGUGCAGCUGUUAUGCCCCUGAAUGUUGUUUAUCUCCUAAAUCAGAAGUGGACUCUGGGUUUACCAGCCUGUUCAUUCUGGCUGUCAAUGGAUUAUGUGGCCAGUACUGCAUCCAUUUUCAACCUCUUCAUAUUGUGCGUUGACCGGUACCGUUCAGUUCAGCAACCACUGAAAUAUCUCAAGUACAGAACCAAAAUGAGAGCACUGCUAAUGAUUUUAGGGGCUUGGCUACUCUCUUUCAUGUGGGUCAUCCCAAUUCUAGGCUGGCACGUUUUUGCUAAUAAUGGGAAUAGGACAGUAGACAGUAAUACAUGUGAGACUGAAUUCUAUGGUGUCACCUGGUUUAAAGUGCUGACAGCCAUUGUCAAUUUCUACCUCCCCUCUCUCAUGAUGUUGUGGCUCUACUAUAAAAUAUUCAGAGCUGUUCGAAAACACUGUCAGCACCGAGACCUGAUGGAUGGAUCACACCACUCUUUCUCAGGAAAAAACAGCAUACACCAUCCUAAGACAAAGGAUGAGGAAAAGAUCUGCCUCCAGAAGCAAAUCUUAGAUGAGAAUGCUCCUCCCAAAGAGAAGCAAGGCUCCCCUCAGCUCAAAAAUAGGGAGGCAGAGCUUCAUUUCAGUAAUCCUGACAAAUCUUCAAAUUGCAAGAGCAAUAGGAAAGUCUCUCUCUGUUUUCCUCUCACCACUGCCCAGUCUGAGCCAGGCCUGGAUAAAGCAGGACAGAAGUGUGUGUGUGUACCAAAAGAGAACAAAAAUGAAGAGGAGCCUUGCUCACAAGACAGUGAUGUAAGUGAUGCAUCAGACAACCAUACUUUCACAGAGGAGGUAUCCAGUAGAGUGCUUCCCAAUCCCAACCCUGCAAGAGCCUGCAGUCCUCAGGGAAAGACCGGGAAGCGGGAUUUCAGAGGGCUGGGCUGCCUGAGGAAAACCUGGCAGAGUCUGCAUUCCCAUUCCAAAAGGCAAACUCAAGGACUGCACAGGAGCAGGGAAAGGAAAGCAGCUAAGCAGCUGGGGGUCAUAAUGGCAGCCUUUAUGUUCUGCUGGAUUCCCUAUUUUGUAUUAUUUAUGGUAAUAGCUUUCCAUGGCCAUAAACAAUACUUGAGCUGGCGCAUGUUCACUAUCUGGCUUGGCUAUGUGAACUCCACCUUAAAUCCAUUCCUCUAUCCUCUUUGUAACCAGAAUUUCAAAAAGACAUUCAAAAAGAUCCUUCACAUUCCCUGA